CUCAAAGUGAAAGGUCAAAGUUCAACCCAUUACAUGUGACAUUGAGCAUCGCAGCAAGGUAGCUAGCUAUACGGUUUACCACAAAUUAGCAAAGCAUAUGAAUAUGUCGAGCGAAUAACUCACUGUUUCAAAUAGAUAGAGCAACGGUGCAACCAGGAGAAUGCGGCUUACGGCGCUGCUGGCGAUGGCCGGACGGGUCAGGCUACCGCCGGAUUACCGCUUUGGCACAAACCGGCCCUGGACCAUCCCCGCGCAGCGACUCAAUCCCCCCAGCAAGCGGAGGAGGAAGGUCUUCGUCGAGCACAUCCCGCACGAGAAGUGGUCGGUCUUCAGGGGCGAUACGGUGGAGAUCCUUUCUGGGAAGGACAAGGGAAAGCAGGGGAAGGUCACGCAGGUGUUCCGGAAUCGCAACUGGGUCAUCAUGGAGGGCCUCAACACGCAUUACAGGUACAUCGGUAAAUCGGCGGAUUACAGGGGCACCUACGUCACCAGCGAAGCCCCGCUGCUGCUCGGCGACAUCUCCCUCGUGGACCCCUCCGACCGGAAGCCCACAGAGGUGGAGUGGCGCUUCACGGAGGAGGGAGAGAAGGUGAGGGUGUCAGUCCGCACGGGACGGAUCAUCCCCAAACCCGUGGUCCAGCGCAAGGAUGGCAUUGUGCCAUCCCAGUGGAAGGAUGGACCCAAAGACACGUCCCCAGAGGACACCCUAGAGAAGACCUACACCCCCACCCUGCGCACGCUGGAGGAGGAGGUGGUGGAGAGCCUGGGCAUCCACGAGCCCCGCAAGCCCCGAACGAGCUUCUGGUACUGAGGGGCCCCGGGGCCCGUGGGCCUGGCGGGGGCCAUGUGGGUGUCACCUCCGCACCCAGCCCCCAUCUCACAUCCGUAACCUUGGAGACGGGGUGCCCAGUCUCACCCGAGAGGGGUCGUUGUGGGACCGAGCAUGGGAGUUGAGCAUAAGAUACAGGUGUUAAUGGUGCCCUGCACUGAAUGACUGGUCAUGUAGUCAGUGUCUGUCUGGUCCCUAUCAAAUCAAUGCAGAGUGAUGUAAAAUAGGUCAGUGUGGAUGCAGGCUUUGGUUGUAGCCCUGCGCUAAAUUAAAAUAGUCAGAUUCGUUAAUGAACUAAUUGUGGUUAAUGCACCUCUUCAGUCAAGGCCUUGAUUAGUUGAAUGGGGUGUUUGAGAGCUGGGACAGAACUGCAGCCUGCACACACACUCACACACACAAAUGCAAAUGCCAGCUUAGUCUGGUGGGCCUGAAAGUCAGGUUGUUGAAGUGGUGAUAUUUCGUGUGUCGUGGUGCCGUACAGAUUUAGAUCAUACAUGGGCCCUGUUUCACAAAGCAGAAUUACUGAGUUACCUGAACGACUGCCCCGAGUAAAACCCGGAAACCUCUGGAACGUGGACUGAAGGAAAAGGAGCCGUUCCGGGUUUUACUCAGCGCAGUUACCCAGCUAACUCCGUUACCCUGCCUUGUGAUGCUGGCCCCGUUUGAAACAGAACAUGAAACUUUGCAAGCCCCAUGUCCUGGACUGUCAAUCACUUACAUUUAUGACCCCCAGGGAUUAGUCCUCUGCUUUAUUUCCUAACCCCCAGCAGUCCACUUGCUGGCUAUUGGAAUCUGCCAGUUAAACGCACAUUUAAGCCACCCUUCCCCAAGGGGCUUGUUUGGUUAGCGCUUUGUGUUUAUUGUCGUUACUUGGAUACGUGUAAAAUCUGGCGGUAUCUGGUCUCUGUUAAUCACAUGCUCUGAACGUUUUUGUAAUUAUUUCUCUUCCAUUUUUUGCGAAAGAAUAAAUAUAUGAAAUGUG